AUGUUCGAUCCAGUGGAAAGUGUUGGAGACGAAGGUUUGAUCCGCGCUGUUCAAAGGUUUUGGGACACAGAAUCGCUUGGCAUCUUCGAGCCAAACCCGUCGCUGGAAAAGGAGUUUUUGAGAGAUUCAAAUUUCGACAAGAACCAGGGUCGAUAUCAAAUGAGCCUUCCCUGGAAGGAUGAUCGUAUGCCCACAACAAAUGGAUAUUUUCCAUGUUUGAAACGACUACGACAACUGCAUUCACGCUUGAGAACUGAUCAAGAGCUGCUUGAACAGUACGAUGAAGUCAUACAAGAGCAAAUAAAGUCAAGUAUAAUCGAGAAAGUCCCUGGAUGUUCGGCAAGCGAUGAAGCAACGCAUUUUCUACCUCAUCACGGCGUGAUUCGAGAAGAUAAGGCGACUACGAAGGUUCGAGUAGUUUUCGACGGGUCAGCGAAGCACGGUUCAUCGAAUUUGUCCCUCAACGACUGCCUGGAAAAGGGACCGAACUUAGUUCCCCACCUAUUUGACGUCGUUGUAAAGUUCAGGGGUUACCCUGUGGGAAUCGUGGCCGAUGUGGAAAAGGCGUUCCACCAGAUUGAGAUAAAUCCAGAUGACCGGCGAAUGUUGCGCUUCUUGUGGUUCGACGAUAUACGCAAGGAACAUCCAGACAUUGUUGAAUAUCAGUUUUGUCGCCUAGUAUUUGGGUUGACCCCAAGCCCAGCUAUUUUAAAUUCGGUUAUACAACGUCAUUUGGAAUCGCACAAAACGAAAGAGCCCGAAGUCGUUGCAUUGUUGCAAGAGUCGUUCUACGUGGAUGAUUUGGUUGGAGGUGCGAUGGAAGACGACCAGGCUUUAGAAAUCUACGAAAAAGCAAACGACAUCAUGAACUCUGGCGGAUUUAAAUUGCGAAAAUGGAAUUCCAACUCGACAAUUCUUCGGACGAAAGUCGCCGGCGAACUGAAGUGCAGUAAAGUCGACGAAACCGUAUUAACUGAAGUGAAACCCCUCGGGAGUAAGCAAGACGUGUUUACCAACUCGACAGAAAAGGAAAACCGAACUGAGAGAGAUUCAAACGAAGCGAAUGACGACAUUUUGUCCGCGCGAUCCGAAGCUGAUGACGAUCCCAAACCAGAAUGUUCUAUAAAAAUUCUAGGACUGAAUUGGAAUAUCAACACUGAUGAAAUUCACUAUGACCUAACUGCAUUGGUGAACUUUGCGGCAACACUUAAUCCUACGAAGCGAUCAGUGCUACGACUCGCGGCUAAAGUGUUUGAUCCACUUGGAUUCCUUACCCCAUUUACGAUCUGUAUGAAAGUUUUGUUCCAAACUCUGUGUGUUCAUGGCGUUAAUUGGGAUGACGUGUUAGACGGAGAAGAGUUAGCGGCAUGGAAAAGAUUUAUCGUAGACCUCUCAGCAUUGAACGACAUUCGAAUACCUCGAUGUUACUUCCGAAGAACCAAAGAGAAACCGACAGGUCACCAGCUUCACGGGUUUAGUGACGCCUCAUCGAAGGCCUACGCAGCCGUAGUGUAUUUGCGAACAGUUCAUCAUAACGGAGAGAUUGAAGUAAAUCUUGUGGCCUCCAAAACGAGAGUGGCUCCGAUAAAAAAAAACAAUCCAUACCACGACUAGAAUUACUGGGUGCAACUAUCCUAGCUCGAUUGAUGAACUCUGUCCAGAAAGGGCUAGCGUCAUUGAACACGACUCCUGAGGUGUUUUGUUGGACUGAUUCUUACACAGUUUUGUGUUGGAUCAGAAACGAGAAAGUUUGGAAAUCUUACGUCAAUCAUCGUGUCCAAGAGAUACGGGACCUUGUCCAGAAAGAAUCCUGGAGAUUUUGCCCAGGCGAACAAAACCCCGCAGAUUUGCCAUCUCGAGGAAGUCGCGGAAUUGAGUUAACGAAGAAUACGACGUGGUGGAACGGUCCAGAGUUUAUUCGAAGCACCGAGGAGGCUUGGCCGAGUGAACCAGGACCUACGAAGAGUGACGAACUGAGCGCGUUCGCAGAAAUCACGAAGCCCAAGAUUGAACCAACGAUAACGAGAGCUUUAGCCAAUGUUACGAUCACCCCACCUAACGUAGAAGCCAUCAUGGAUUGCAACCGGUACAGUACCAAAGAGCAACUGUUACGAGUAACAGCGUUAUUAAAGAGAUUCGGUGACAAAACGAGGAGACAGCCAGUGCCAAUUGAAGUAACUGCGAAUGAACUAAGAGCAGCUGAAAAACUUUGGGUGAAUACCAUACAGGCAAGCAAUUUCGAAGACGAAAGGUCAUAUCUCCAAGGAGUUUCGAAGAAAGAACCGCUGCUCGUAAGACAGUUGGAUUUAUUCUUGGACGAAGAAGGUACGAUUCGAUGCCAAGGUCGAAUAGAUAAAUCAUCAUUACCCAUGACAACAAAGCGGCCAAUACUUCUUCCUGCACGACAUUUCUAUACGCAACUUGUAAUUCGCAACUGUCACGAAGUCGUCCAUCACAACGGUGUCAAAGAAACAUUGAACUGCAUUCGCGAAGUAUAUUGGAUUCCAAGAGGUCGAGAAGCCGUUAAACGUGUAAUUGGAGUAUGUGUUACAUGUAGAAAACACGAAGGGAAGCCAUACGGUACACCAAAGUUCGCCCAGCUACCAUCAUGUAGAGUAAGCGAUGAUCCACCUUUUGCUCACACCGGCAUGGACUUCGCUGGACCACUAUAUUUAACGACCGAAGGUGAAGAUGAUAAAGAACGAAAGUUGCAAAAGGCGUACAUUUGUCUCUAUACCUGCGCGUCAACAAGAGCGUUACACCUUGAACUUGUGCCAAAUUUAUCAGUGUCUACAUUCUUACAAUCAUUUAGAAGAUUCACCGCUCGAAGAGGAUUACCGACAAAGUUACUAUCGGAUAACGCGAAAACGUUUAAAGCGGCUGCAAAAGAAGUCAAGGGAAUUACGAGAUCUAUGGAAGUUCAGCGGUAUUUGGCGAACAAAGGAAUCACGUGGGAGUUUAUAGUGGAAAAGGCACCCUGGCAAGGGGGUUUCUGGGAAAGAAUGGUGAAAUGUGUCAAACACUGUCUGAAAAAGGCGGUGGGUCGAGCAUCAUUAUCGUUUGAAGAAAUGCGCACAUUAUUGAUUGAGAUUGAAGCUACGCUGAACAAUCGACCUAUGACUUACGUAUACGAUGAUGAAGAAGGCGUGUCUUAUCCGUUAACACCUGCAUCGUUGAUCUAUGGUCGAAACAUCGCUACAACGCCAAACGAUAAGCAAUUCGAAGUGAUCAGUACAAAUCAAUCCCUAACUCGACGACAGAAGUAUCACAAAAGGCUUUUAAACCAGUUUGCGAAGCAAUGGAGAACGGAGUAUCUCGCUAGUUUAAGAGAGUCAUCAAGGUCAAAGGUUUCGUCGGAUGCGGCUCGUAAGCUGGCGAUAGAAGAAGGAGAGAUCGUAGUUUUAAAGAACGACAAGUCAUCACGAUCAUUUUGGAAGGUAGCUAGGGUGGAGGAAUUACUCCCCAGUAAAGACGGUGUUAUUAGAGCGGCAAAGGUACGCGUAGUUAAUCAAGAGAAUGGAAAAUCAACAUGGUUACGAAGACCCAUACAACACCUUGUUCCUCUAGAAAUACGGUCGAGUUGCAAACAGAAGAACGAAACGCACGCGAGGGAUCCUACGACGGAAGAGACGAAAGAGGAUGCCUCUUCAAAGGAACCGCUGAAGGCGAACGCAAGGAGUACAGUUGUUACUAAAUACUUCCUACGAAGUCAGAACAAUCGUAAAGAUACUGUGUGACACAAUAACGUGAUUUAAGUUUAUUAAUAGUUAUAUUAGUACAAACAUUAACCCUCGGGAGUGUAUCGAACGGUUCAGGUUUAUAUUAACAUUAUAAAUGAUAGUAAUGACGUAGAGACAACGUGCCAAUCAGAAGCUAGUGUGGCACGCCCACAACCCGCCUUCUUUUUAGAGUUCAUGCCUCCAGACAUGGCGAAAAUAUAACAAAGCUAGCGCCAGUGCCGAACCGGCUGUUUUAUUGUGAUAUGUGUUUAAAUGUUAUUAAAUAUAUAGUAAAAUUGAACGUUGUUUACAAUAUACAGUUCUAUCAACACGAGUGGAAAUUGGGAAAACGAGAAAUUGUGUGGAAACACGCCCAAAGGGCGGAAUGUUUUCGCACAAUUUCGAGUUUUCCCAAUUUCCACGAGUGUUGAUAUAACUGUAUAUCAAUACGGAAAAAAUGUUUUAUAAUUGUUUUAUAAUAUAGCACAAAGAAACAUAAAGAAAGAAAUUUUCCGACGUUUCCGUGUGACAUUGAGUUACAUCAACACGGCUCUUAGCCAAUCAGCGUUCAGAAUUUACAAAUGCUAUAUUAUAAAUAUAUCUAAUAUUAUUUCUGUGGUUGGCAGUCACACGAACUUGGUUAGCUGUUGCAACAAUUAAUGCAUGGCUGGCAACCCUCGUCCUCGAUUGACCGUGGCUUUAUCAUGUUAAUGCAUUUACCAAUUUAUCCUUGUCCAUAGGAAUGGAAAGGCUUGGGAAUAAAUCAUUUGCACUUGCCUACACCAGACUUUAACAACGCACCAGAUCCUGAAAAACUCAAGGAAGGAGUACGAUUCAUAAAACAAUUCGAUAGCCGUAGUACCAGUUGUUACGUACAUUGUAAAGCUGGCAGAGGAAGGAGCGCAGCUCUGGUAGCAUGUUAUUUAAUGGAGGUUCGUAUUGUCUUGUCGAUUACAAGCGUUACUAAAUACGAGCUAAAUCCCACAUAAUAAACAGUUAUUGGAUGAGGAUUUUGUGAUAUCCGAAAUUCUCAAGGUCGAGCUGAAGUGUUUAAAUUAAGAAAAUUUUAAGCAUCAUAAAUCUUAGUUCAUAGUUUAUUUUAAGCAUCAUAAAUCGAGUUGGUGGCAUAUGUUUAUUUAGGCUAUGACCAUGUAGUUAUGGAUAUUUUAUUCUACAUGUAUUGUCUCUUGUUGUAUCUUUAAUCGGAGGAGUGCCUCGCAUGGGACCUCGAGUCUCGUUCGAACUCCUACCUUUUGGUCACUAUACAAUAAAGUGUUUAAAACUAAGUGUUAUCAGUCGAGCCGGAAGUCAUGCGGCCUUAUACCGAGACCUCAAUAAUUCUCGAAAAGACGAAAACCGAAUUCAAUAACUGUUUUGAUAUACAACCCAUUCUCAUUAACUGUGUCGAAAAACAAUGAGCAAAAAACGUUUCGUUAAACGCUCAAUAAAACCAGUAAAAACGAUAUCACAAUAACAGCAUAUAAAUAUUAGAAACCUCAUUUACCUGUACGAAUGUUUCGAUAAAAAUGUCGAAAUGGUCUCCUUUUUGCACAAAAAUAUUUACAUAAACUCCGUUCAUUUAUGUUGUUUUGUUUCAUUCGUAUAUUCAAACUUCUGCAUAUUUUAUCAUGCAUGCAUGUAUAUUAUUAAUAUAAGUAAUAGUAUGGUUUCUCGUAAAAUUUGAAAAAAAAUUUCAAAGACGUCAAUUUGCACUCGUCUUUCUUUCUCGUGCAAUUUUGAUGGUCGUUAAAACCCACUCGUUCAUUUUUUCCAGAUUUGCACUUAGAUAUUCGAUAUUGCAGUUUUAAAAACUGUAUCGACAUACCGAAAAUGUACUGAUUUAGAAAAUACCGAUUUAUUAGUUCGGUAUUUUCAGUUUAAGCGUGAAUGACAGCUGAACAGCAUUAAAAGUAGUACUAAAUUUUAUCUGGCAUAUACGGAUGAUUGAUUGUUUUCGAUGUGCGACGUAAAAAAAUCGAUACCAGAUAUUAAUUAUUGCGACUGCUUGCAUGCAUGCAUGUGGAUUGGAUAUAUAGAUCGAAAUUAUAAAUAAGUAAAGGCACAGUUCAGCCAUGGUGGGUUUUGAGGCGUAUUAUACAACCCUUUUAAUUAAUUGAAAAAACUAACUAGGAAAAUCAAUUAAGAACAAUUCAAGAUCAGUAUAUAAUCUCAAUGUUUUUAACAUUUUUUAACAUUUUCAAUUUUAAAAACAUUGCAUGAGGUCACUGAUCUUGAAUUAAGCUUAAUUGAUUUUCCUAGUUUUUUUUUCAAUUAAAAGGGUUGUAAUGCGUCUUAAAAACCAUCAUUCAAAAGGCUGAACUGAAGAAAGCAUUUUCUUUUGUACACGGCGUUUCUCCAUAUUUAAUACAUUUUUUCAAAUCUUAUCUGACGGAAUCUAAGCCUUAGUAUCUAAGCCUCAGUUACUUUUAACCUGAAGAUGGAGUUAAUUAAACUCGGAAACGUAGUUAUUAAAAUAAUCUUUUUAUACUAACUUGAAUAAAACCUAUAUGGUCUAAUAAUUUAAAACAAUUUUACAUUUUUGGUACAAUAAUAGGCCUACAUUACGUUAAAUAUUUUGCGACUUUUAGGAAUGGAAAAUUAUUGAUGUGCCGAUAUUAUCGGUUACUUGUAUGAGUAUUCUGUAUUUUUUCAAUGCGAGUGCUCAAAGUCGUCCUAUAUCAAUAAUUGCUUUGUCUAUAUUUUUAGAUGUACCAGCUAACUCCUCCAGAAGCAAUCGACAUAUUGAAGUCAAAAAGAGAACAAACUUUGCUGGGCUCAAACCAGCUGACAGCCAUUAACAAAUUUUAUCAACAUACACGAACUAAUUCCAGCACCAAAUUAUGAGAAUUAUUAUUAUGUACCAUGUUUUACUUUGUAGGGAAGAUAUAUAAAACAUAUAUUUAGUUCGUUUUGUGACAUAUAGCAUCUCAUUAAAUUUUGAUCAUUUAUUUAAUCGGCUGAUUUUGAUCGCGUAAUAUGGACUAAACACUCUGCUGUGCAUUUUUGUACUUGCACAUUUUUUACUGCACGGUUUGGUUUUCGUUAAAUCUCAUCCGUCAAAAUUUUAAUCGUACCCUAAUCGUAGCUCAUGUAUAACCGAAAUCUUCAUAAUGAGGACGAUUGAAUUAAAUUCAAAUGCAUAUAGUUUGUGCCGAGCAAAAAGGGCGAUGAUAAAAUUAAGUGCAAAUAUUACUUUUACGAGCUCCCAGUCCAGUUAUUUUUGACCAAAUUUAACUGGAGAUGUGGAGUACAAUUGGGUUCAAAUUGACUCCUCUUGUCUCUGAAAUUAGCAGUGUACAAUAAACAGUACAGUCUAUUUACAGCAGCACAGCUGCAGAGAUAACUUUCCUUGUAGUAAUUUGGAGGACUGCAUGGUGUAGAGAAUCAAUCGCAUAGAUAUCUUAUAUACACUAGAUAGCGCAUCUCAUUUAGUAAAAGUGAAGCCAAGAAUAUUCCAGCGGUUACCCUCAUUUGAAUAGAUGGCGGCCAUGUUGGAGUUUCCCACUCGCUAAUAAACGCUUUAAUAAGCAACAAUAACUUUCAUCAUUUGAAUAGUUUGCAAAUGUAUUUGGAAUAGGUUUAACUUAAUGUUUAAGUUCCAAGUUUAAGAAAUAGAAAACAUACGAGUCUUCUCAUUUCAGGAAUAUCCUGAGUCUGCAAUCACGGCUUCAAUUUUUUAAUUGCAGAACAAUUAGAUGCACUGUCUAGUGUAUAUAAGAUAUCUAUGAUCAAUCACUGUUGGCACCAGUCCUGAGUGGUGGAUAUUCGAUCUUCACCGGUAAAUAAUAAAAUGUUAAGUAAUAGUGCAAGAAUUAUACAUGGCAUGUUUUUUGUUUUCUUUGAACAUGGUGUACUAGUUAUUCAUAAAAUACUGGGGAGACAUUGGCAGUCGAUGGUUCAAAACACUUAAUCAUUCCCGAAAUUCCCAGUACAGGCAAUGAGUGAAUUAAAACAUCAUUCCAUAUUUUUCGAACUUAAUUGGAUUUGCAACAAAAUAAAAAUAAGUUGAUGGUGCAAAUUGCUAUAAUUUAUUCGCGUAUGGUCAGUUAUAGCACUGUAACUUGUAUACUAUUGUAACGCUUGUUCCUUUAGUGAUUUUCCCAUUGUUCUUGCAGCACAUUGGCCUACAGUACGAUACCCAGCUGGUCCAGCUGCUUUCUGAAAGUAGAAGUAAUUAAAUAUUUUAGAUAACUGUACUGCUAAGAUAAAUUUGUCACGCUUGGUCAUAUUCAGCAAAUUUUCUCCCAGAACCGCAGGCCCAUUUUUAGUAUGGGCCUGCUUAAAACAGAGCUGCCAAUUUUGUAUAAGAUGUCCGCUGACAAUACGAGCCGAGAAAAUUUACUAGAUUUGACCAACGUGUAUGCUAAGAGAUUUUUGUGUGGUUGGGAUUUGUGACUGCCUUACGGUGUUGAAAUUUUUACUCAGAUUUUUUAUUAAUAAUAAACAAUUACUC